CGGUGACCUUUGAGGAUGUGGCUGUAUAUUUCAGUGAGGGGCAGGAAGCUCUGCUGGACCCCAGUCAGAGAGCUCUCUACAAGGACGUCAUGCAGGAGAAUUAUGAGAUGGUGACCUCGCUGGGACUCCCCAUUCCCAAACCUGACCUGAUCGCCCGGCUGGAAGCAGGGGAAGAGCUGUGGGUCCCGGAUCGCCAGGCCUCCAAGGAAAGCAACAUCCAAAGAGGCAUCCGCACAGCAGGUGAUGAGACAAAGAGUGAGAACGAGGAGGAGAAUCCACAGCAGGAAGGUCUUGAGAAAGUAGAACUUCAGGGGAGGUUUUUGAGAAGAGCUGAAGGGAAUUUUUCCCAGUGCUUGGAACAGAGAAAAACCUGCAGUAAUUGGCACAGGUCAGAGAGGAACCUGGGAAACCACCGAAGGAAGAAAAUGGAUGAAUCCAUUGAAUAUGGGGGAGGAGGCAAGAAUUCCAAGGAAACCACAGCCCAGCAGACAAAUCCCAAGGAAAAGAAACCCUAUAAAUGUUUGGAUUGUGGGAAAAGCUUCAGUCAGCGCUCAGUCCUUACUAACCAUGGAAGAAUCCAUACAGGAGAGAGACCCUAUAAAUGCUUGGAUUGUGUGAAAAGUUUUAAUUGGAGCUCAAAUCUUACUACCCAUCGGAGACUGCACACGGGAGAGAGACCUUAUAAAUGCCUUGAGUGUGGAAAAAGCUUCAGUCAUCUCUCAGGCCUUAAUAACCACAGGAGAAUACACAUGGGAGAGGGACCAUAUAAAUGCUUUGAGUGUGGGAAAAGUUUCAGUGUACCAUCAGCCCUUAAUAUACAUCAGAGAACCCACAUGGGAGAGAAACCCUAUAAAUGCUUGGAUUGUGGGAAAAGCUUCAAUUGGAGCUCAAAUCUUACUACCCAUCGGAGACUGCACAUGGGAGAGAGACCAUAUAAGUGCCUUGAGUGUGGGAAAAGCUUCAGUCAGUGCUCAGGCCUUACUAGCCAUAGCAGAAUCCACACAGGAGAGGGACCAUAUAAAUGCCUGGAGUGUGGGAAAAGUUUCAGCGCACCAUCAGCCCUCAUUAUACAUCAGAGGACCCACACAGGAGAGAAACCCUAUAAAUGCUUGGACUGUGGGAAAAGCUUCAGUCAACGCACACACCUUAUUAGCCAUAGGAGAAUCCACACAGGAGAGGGACCAUAUAGAUGUCUUGAGUGUGGGAAAAGUUUCACAGUACCAUCAACCCUUAUUACACAUCAGAGGACCCACACGGGAGAGAAACCUUAUAAAUGCUUGGACUGUGGGAAAAGCUUCAGUCAGCGCUCAGUUCUUAAUACCCAUGGGAGAAUACACACGGGAGAGGGACCAUAUAAAUGCACUGAGUGUAGGAAAAGUUUCAAUGUACGAUCAGCCCUUAUUAAACAUCAGAGAACCCACACAGGGGAGAAACCCUAUAAGUGCUUAGAUUGUGGGAAAAGCUUCAGUCAGCGCUCAGGCCUUAUUAGCCAUGGGAGAAUCCACACAGGAGAGGGACCAUAUAAAUGUUUAGAUUGUGGGAAAAGCUUCAGUCGGCGCUCAAUCCUUAUUAACCAUGGGAGAAUGCACACGGGAGAAGGACCAUAUAAAUGCUUGGAGUGUGGGAAAAGUUUCAGUGCACCAUCAGCUCUUAUUGUACAUCAGAGAACCCACACAGGAGAAAAACCUUAUAAAUGCUUGGACUGUGGGAAAAGCUUUAGUCAGCGCUCAGUCCUUAUUAAUCAUGGAAGAAUCCACACAGGAGAGAGACCCUAUAAAUGCUUGGACUGUGGGAAAAGCUUCAGUCGGAGCUCAAAUCUUGUUACCCAUCAGAAACUGCACACGGGAGAGAGACUUUAUAAAUGCUUGGAGUGUGGCAAAAGAUUCAAUCGGAGCUCAAAUCUUGUUGCCCAUCGGGGACUGCACACGGGAGAGAGACCAUAUAAAUGUUUGGACUGUGGGAAAAGCUUCAGUCAGCGCUCAGGCCUUAUUAACCAUAGGAGAAUCCACACUGGAGAGAGAUCCUAUAAAUGCUUGGACUGUGGGAAAAGCUUCAUUCGGAGGUCAACUCUUACUACUCAUCGAAGACUGCACGUGGGAGAGAGACCGUAAAAAUACCUUGAGUGUGAGCAAAGCUUCAGUCUGAGCUCAAAACUCAGUUCACAUCAGAGAUCCCACACAGGAGAGAAAUCCUGUAAGUGUGGGAAAAGUUUCAGUUAGAGCUCAA